UCGGUAGUACGCUCCUGAUUCGCAUUAGCGGUGAAUCCGAUCGUGAUACGUAUUUGCUUUGCUCAUGUAACCGCGGAUCGGAUCGCCGAUUCGUACUAGCAGGUGGCUACAUGAGUCGGUAAUGCGUUCCUAAUUCGAAUUAGCGGCUAAAUACGUAUUUACUGUGCUCAUGUAACCCCGAUAAAUGUUCCCUGCGGUCGCUCCCGAGCGACCGCGGGAGCCGCAGGAAGAGCUACGCAUUACCCAGAAUGCUGCUCUCGCCUGAUUGGCCGCCAGCUAAGCUCCGCCUUUUUGGCCGCGGAAGCCGCGGCGGCCGCAGACACUUGAACAGGGCCAUAUGAGUAUGUUUUGAAUUGGAACACUUUUGAUCGAAAGCAUAUCAGUGAAUCAUUAUUCUGACCAUUCUGACAGUGAAAUAAUUCAGUACUCUUUGUGUUUAUUUCAUACCAAAAAUAUGCGAUAGCAAAGCGAUUAACAAUAUUAUAAACAAGGUAUAUAAAAACACUAUUAUAAAUUUAAAUUCAAGGUAGAGCUAUAUGAAGCGGAUGAGAUACUUGCACUGCUGCCAUAUAUUACGUCAACAUACUAGUUGACCACGUGCGUUCGAGUAGGAAAGUGUGUUGUCUCUCUUGAUUAAUUCGUAUUUAUUAUUUGCCAUUACGUACACAUACCUGCCACGUUGUGUUCUUCCAUCAAGACAUAGUUGCCACGGAAUUUGUGCUGAUAGUCUUGUUCACAAUAGUUGGCUGAGUAGCAGUUAAUCACCAUGUCGUCUGAGCCUGACACCAUUGAAAGGCUGGUGGACCAGCGGUUCGACUCUGGCCCCUCUCUGUCGUUCCCCUGCGGCGACCCGGACCCGGGGGCUGAGGGGGACGCAUCUGCUGACCAGUCGGCGCCGCUGCCGUGUCUGUGCUGCUCCGCCGAGUUCCCGUCCUCUGACCGGGACGCGCUCUCCGCCCACCUGCUGUCCGAGCACUGUCUGGUGGUGGCCGACCUGGCCCUGGUGGCCGACCUCGACCAGUACUGCCGGUACUGGGCGCCGCGGCUGCGUGCCGACGGCGGCCUCCGGCAGUACUGCUUCACCGUGCUCACCAACACGGGUCCCAGCGACGCGGCGCCCUCCGAGGAGUACUUCCUGCUGUCGCCUAAGCUUGACGAGGACCGGCUGCUGCGCGAGCGGCUGCAGCGCGCCCGCCUGGAGCGCGUCCUGGCCCGGCAGCAGCGCGAGCGUACGAUGACGUUCAGUCGCGGCUGUCUGUUCUGUCGGCUGCAGUACUCCGGCAGGCUGGCCGGCUUCUUCGACCACCUGGCCGAGGCGCACAACUUCAGCGUCGGCCGGCCAGACAACAUCGUCUUCGGACCCGAGUUCAUCGACGCCAUCGAGGCCAAACUGGAGGCGCUGCGGUGCCUCUUCUGUGACGGUGUCUUCCCCGACCGCGCCACGCUCAAAGAGCACAUGCGCAAGAAGCAGCACAAGAAGAUCAACCCGGCGCACACGGCGUUCGACAAGUUCUACGUCAUAAACUACCUGGAGUUCGGCAAGGGCUGGCAGGAGAUUCAGCAGGAGCGUGAUGAGGGUCCUCCGACCGGUUUCGACGAGCCGGGCUCUGACGACGACUGGUCAGAUUGGACGGAGGCCCCCUCCUCCGGCGCCGUCUGUCUCUUCUGUGACUUCUCCACAAUUGACGUGGACGCACUCUCCGCACACAUGCGUGCCGAGCACCAGUUCGAUUUCCCCGAACUUAAGUCGCGCCUGCGACUCUCUUUCUACCAGCAGGUGAAGCUUGUCAACUACAUUCGUCGGCAGAUGGUAGAGCGCGCAUGUCUCUUCUGUCAGGAGACACUCCCUACUCGUGCGACCCUUCUAGAGCACCUCCGCGCCGCCGACCACCUGCGGGUACCCGAACCUUCAAUCUGGGAUCAGCCACAGUACUUUUUCCCCACGUACGAGAACGACUCACUGCUGUACGCCCUGGAGGAAGCGGAGGGCGCAGACGAUGAUGUGCCCGUGUUCCCUGAGGACGCAGUCGAUGUUCGGCAGUCGGUACUGGCAGACAGCGCUGUCAGACAGGAGCUCGGAGGUCACGCGUGACGCGGUGUGACGCUUAGUGCUAAAUCGUGACGGCUUGUGGCGCCUCUGUGACGAUGGCGUGGAGGGUAUACACGGUGCAAUCAACGAAGUGACUUGAUAUAGGCGAACUGUGAAACUUGAUGAAAUGUGUCUGUAGCAGAGAAACGAAGUUUGCGUUGCGAUCAGCAGUCGACACGCACUAAAACCUCAGACGGAUAACCGUGGUGAGUGCAUAUUGUGAUGAGCCUGGGUGCUUUGGGCGGGAAGGACGCGUUUCAAGUAUUUCCACCUCCAAAUAAGUCUGCCGUUCUUGUGCUAUUGGGAGCUGAUGCAACCUAGCACAGCCUCUCUUGCCAUCCCUGUGUGAAAAUGUCAAACAGCAGCAUAGCAUUUCAACGAAGUCUGUCCAACAGACCAAUACUUAUUAUUGCACAGGUGUAUGCGUUGGCGUCCAGUAAUAGAGAGGUAGCACUCCAAAUUUGAAGCAUUGAAAUACUGAAAAGGGUUAUUCGGAGGCAUCAGUAUCGAUGCCCUGCUGGCUUUCGAAGGACUCAUGUUAUGUGUGCGGUUUUAUGCCGAUGAUUAGCGAUGUUCUGUUUUGACUGUAUCUGCAGUGGUUUGGUUGACUUACCUUCCGUGUUCCACUUCCACGCGACACGAUGUGCAGCCAAAUGAUAGACCGCAACACUGCUUCAACAUUUACGCACUCCGGUUUUAUACAAAAUUUGUGCAGCUCGACCGGGUUGGGCCGGUGCGCAGUCUGUGCGCAUGUUUUUGUGAAUUUGCUUAAGUGCUUUGCAAACCGGUUUUGAGUUGAAAGAUUGUCCCAAACCUGCGGCUGACCGCACAAUCGAACGAUAAAGGCUAUAUCGCAUGCCCCAAUAUUUUGCGGUAUUUUGCGGUAAAUGUCAUUCUCUAUUCUGUCUGGGCUCGCAUUCGGUCUCGAAUCACUAAUGUAUUAUAUCAGAUAUGGACGUUUUUUCACUAGCAAAAGCUUCCAACUGUUUUGUGUAUAUUUAUACCCUGGCUAGAUGUAAAGGAAAAUAUAUGUGCUGACGGAAUUCAUUGUUAAAGAAAAAAAUCUGGUAUGAAAGGCCGAGGGAUUAUAUUCGCGACAUUGUAUCGCAAUGGCAAUGAUAAAACCGUACAGUCAGUCUUAAAAGUACCGCGCAACAGUGCGGGGGAUCCGUCAAGCCCGACCGUGGAAGGACCGUGGAAUUUGAGUCACCGAAGCAAUUGAUAUCCUCGUCCAUUCCCCAGGUCAAUUGAUUCGGUGACUUUUAAACUAUAGCAGGCCCUUCCUCGGUCAGGCUUGGUGGAUCCGCCGGUACUUUGUGCGGUAGUUGCGGUACUUUUAAGACUGGCUGUACUAGGCACUCACUUUAAAAAUAAACAAUCUGGUCAUCCAUCCGACAUAUACCCCGAGUCAGAAACCCACCCAAGUCAUCAUUUAAACGCGCUUGGUGUCCUUUUGCUGAUCGCGUGCUACACUUCACAUUUCCUCUCCUCUGACUCGUAACCUCGCCAAAUAUCUGUGUAACGGGUAAUAAGCAUUGUUUAUUCGAUCCAGAUUAUGUACAAAAUAGAAAAUUAUAAA